AUGGGGCUUUACGGCGCUAAGAGCUGUAAAGCCACGCAACUUUUUGGGUCGUCGCCUAUGAUCAUGGAUUUCGAGACCCACAUGCCGAAACCCAAACGAGAUGAGUUGCAACUAUCCUCAAAGGGCAUGGUUAAAAAGACCAUUAGCAAAUCAGAUCCAAACAAGGUUUGGGUAAGUGGUGAUGUUGGACUUCGCGAAUCACAAGCCUACCCGAAGAAGUUUGCCCAGACUUGCUUGAAUUUUUUCAAGAAGCAAGAUGCGUCAGUGGCCGGCCUCCUUCCGAAGGUCUUUGAUCGAAUGCAGCAGAUGCACCCAGAACCAUUUGUUCCUUGA